AUGGACCAGGGCGAUAACGAAAAUAUACAAUAUAUUGAUCAGUUUUUUGAAGAUCAAAGAUAUGAUAGUUUUUCUGGAAGUAUACAUAAUUUAAAUGAAGAUUACAUCAUUACCCCUUUGAAUGUAGCAAAAAACGAUAAUAAUAUAAGUUCUAGUGCAAGUAGUUUUAAUAGAUAUUCUCCAUAUCCUCCACAACCCAAGUAUGGUGUAUAUAAGCCAAUGGAGUGGACUUCACGGACAAUUAUGGCUUUAUUGCAGACAACAAAUGAUGGUCGUUUCAUUAUGGCUGAUGCUAAUGUCAAUAAUGGCCUCCUCUCAGAUGAAGCUCAGAAUAGCCUAACUAAACUAUUAAUUCAUUAUUUGUUUCAAGAUAAGAGCAGGGGUACUGACUUUUACUUUCAGAAAAUUGCAUCUUUAAUUAUUGAAAUAUUUCCUAAAGAACAAGAGAAACUAUAUUUCAUACCAUCGAGCAGUUUAAAUAAUUCUCAUGCCAAAGGGAAAUUAGUUGAAAGGUGGAAGAAUGUCUCGCGUCGUUUGAGAAGUAUAGGUGCUAUUGAAGGUGGAAGAAAAACUAAAUGUGCUAAUGAUAUAUCACCUGCAGUUAUAACCUUUUCUGAUGAAAUUGAAGCUGCUAAAGUCUGA